GUGGUAACGUGCCGGGAACUAUGAGGCAUGAGGCUCCAUAAUUGCCUGAAAUUGGCCCUGAAUCCCUCAGUGAGUGAAUUGAGGCAACCACUCGCUUCAAUAUAUUCAUUCGCCUCGCGGCGACCCGCCACUCUUUUGCAUUCGUUUCGAUUCAUCGUCGUAUCGCAUCGAGGAUAAUGCGCCUGUCCGUUCUCUUCGUCGCGGCGGUGGUCGCCGCCGCGGACCCGGCCCGGCGAGCGCUCGGCAAACGGAAGCAGGGCGCGAAAGCGCUCGCCGCGAUGACGAAGGAGUGCCGUGCCGUGCUGAGCGAAAAUAACUUGGACUGGCUGCUCGAACCAUUCACUUGCUCGGCGCGGAUGCGGACGUCGCAGACCCGACUCGUGCUCGGCACUGGCCUCGGAGCUACAGGCACACGCUCCGUCGCGGCCGCCGUCGACGCGCUCGGCAUACCGACGUGCCACCGCUUCGUCACGACGGCCGACCUGCUGCUGAAUUCGAGUCGCUACGACUUCUCGGCCUUUGAACGGGCCGGCGCACGCGCGUACUUCGACACGCCCCUCGCGCACAUCUGGCCGCGCCUCGCCUGCGCCUUUCCCCGGUACCGGGUGGUGCACACGACGCGAACCAAAUAUGGCCGGAACUUCGGAGCCCACCACUGCGAGGGCCCGGCGUACCACGAGCCCCAGAAAUCCAUCGUCCGAUGCCUGGAAUACGGCACGCGAUGCCCACAGCUCGCGGAGUCGCAGGCGGCCUUUCGCCGGAACGAGGCCGCCGUGGCGCGCGUGCCCGCCGACCGCCGCCUCGUCCUCGACAUCAAUCGCCCGGAGUCUAUGGACGCGCGCGCGCUGGCGCGUUAUUUAGGUCGCCCCGUGCCGGCGUUCCGGGCGAUGCCGAUCUCCGCGCUCAACUUCUGCUCGUACGGCGGCGUACUGCGCGGCCCGUUCGGAUUUCGUCUCUCCGCCGACGAGCUGAAGCACCCGUCCGUCCGUUCGACCGAUCACAAAUAA